AUGGCACUCAGUUUAAGAGCACUCUGCAAGCAGGAACGUUUCUACUUAGACACGAUGCAGAAUCUGUUAGAUUUUGUUCAAAAUUAUAACUUGAUUCGAGAUAAAGAGCAACUCCCGGUGUGGCGAGAAAGAUUGGAGGAAACGUUUGAUAAAUUUCAAGGUAACCGUUUGCAGAUGGAUCUGUUAGAGGAGGAUGGUCACUAUCUUGAUGACACCUCGAUGGAAGGAGCCAGAGAUAUCGAAAGUGUACUUGAAACGGGACUUAAAACAGAUGCUAGCCGUGCAGCAAGAGAUCAAUUCGAGCUGAACUAUUGCAUGUCGUGUUUGUGGUCAAAAGCACCACACGAUGUUACACCAUCAAGCAGUCGCAAUCCAAAUCAAAGCCAGCCUUCUAAAGCACCUACAAAUCCACCUGUCGCGGAUCAAACUCAGUCUCAACCGCAGAACAGUCGAAACCCGCAAAUUGUUUCGAAUCAGACUUCCUCGCAAACCAUUCCUACGGAUGCUCCCCGUGCAUCAACAUCGUCAUCACUCAGCCAUUGCUCCACCUCCCUGGUUGCCAAUGUUCGUCAAAUUCCGUCGACUGUGUUACUGCAGACAGCUUUAGUUAAAACUUUCAACCCUGCUGGAAACGUUUUGUGGGCUAGAGUGUUGCUCGAUCCCGCAUCGCAGCUGAAUGUCGUCUCGGAACGAUUCAUACAACGUCUAUCAGUUCGAAAGCAAAAAGAUCAUCAUGUUAUUGGAGGAAUUGGCAAGGCUAUUGUCGUUUCUUCUCACUCCGUCGUUGUUCGUAUUCAGUCUCAUUAUACCGAAUUUAGUGCCGACCUCAAAUUCCAUAUUUUGAAUGAAAUAACUCGUAAACUUCCCUCAAAUGCUGUUGAUACUUCCGAAUGGAUCUGGCCGACGGAUAUCAUUCUUGCUGAUCCAAAAUUCCACGAACCUGCACGUAUCGACAUGAUCAUCGGAAUGGAGAUUUAUUACGAUCUACUCCUUGACGGGCUAAUUCGUUUGGGUCCUGAAAAACCGGUGUUGCAACAAACUGCCCUGGGCUGGGUAGUCUCAGGAAAGGUGGGAGUUCUUCCACCAAGUCAAUCGAAUACAAGUAUCGUUCACAUAUGUAGCUCAGUAGCCCUCGAUAAUCAAUUAGCGAUGUUUUGGGAGUUAGAGUCCUGUCGCUCUUCAAGCAUCAUGUCUGUCGAAGAAACAGAAUGUGAGAGACAUUUUGCGGCUACCACUAGUCGAGAUAGUACAGGGCGUUUUGUGGUAGUACUUCCAAAGAAACCAUCCGUUCUUUCUCAACUCGGAAAUUCUUAUGAGAUUGCGAAACGUCGAUUCCUUUCAUUGGAGCGUCGAUUGCAUGUCAAUCCAAAUCUACGAUCGUCAUAUGCGGCGUUUAUCGAGGAAUAUCGUAACCUGAAACACAUGCAUGAAGUCACAGAUUCUCAGACAAGUUCGAGCACAUCUUACUAUCUUCCGCAUCAUUCUGUUGUGCGAUCUGACAGCAUCACCACAAAACUACGUGUUGUAUUUGAUGCAUCAUGCACUACAGACACCGGUGUUUCAUUGAAUGAUGCUCUGAUGGUUGGACCGGUGGUUCAGGAAGAUCUCAUUUCCAUCAUCUUACGUUUUCGAACACACCGGUACGCUAUAAUUGCGGACAUCGAGAAAAUGUAUCGGCAAGUAUUGGUCCACCCAUCUGAUCACUUACUUCAACGGAUACUCUGGCGGGAUGAGCCGUCCGAACCGAUUAAGAGCUACGAGUUGACAACAGUCACGUACGGAACUUGUGCUGCGCCAUACCUUGCUACAAAAUGUCUCCAAGAGCUUUCCAAACUUGGCCAGAUAUCGUAUCCUGCGGCCGCUCAAAUGAUUGCUAAGGAUUUUUACACGGACGACCUGAUUAGUGGGGCUAACAAUAUCGAAGAAGGAAAGACUCUUUGUUCACAACUUCUACAACUUCUUCAAUCUGCAGGAUUCCGUUUAAGAAAAUAG